UCAAUCGAGCAGCUAGCCAUCCUGCUAGUAAGUGACACAGCAAACUAUCUACAACGAACAUGGCCGCCGUCGGAGAGCACUACAUGAGGGGCCUCUACGGCGACGACUAUCCUGGCCAGCAGCGGUCGGCGCCCGCGGCGGUAGCCAAGGCGCUGGCCGCCUUCUCCAUGCUGCUGCUGUCGGGGCUGGCGCUGACGGGCACGGUGCUGGCGCUCAUCGUGGCGACGCCGUUGCUGGUGAUCUUCAGCCCCGUGCUGGUGCCCGCUGCCAUCACGGUGGCGCUGCUCACGGCGGGCUUCGUGUCGUCGGGAGGGUUCGGCACGGCGGCGGUGGGCGUGCUGGCGUGGAUGUACCGCUACCUCAAGACGCCGCCGGAGCAGCAGCUAUCCCUAUCCACCAAGCACUGGGCGCACCAACGCCUCGAGCACUGAUCUCCAUCUCCUGUACUACCAGUUCGGGUUGCGGCUGUGAGCAAUAUAACUAAAAUAAUACUAGAAUAAGUGUGUUUGCAACUUCAACAAUUUAAUUAUUCCUGCACCUUGUACUCUGAUCUACGGUUUCAUGGCACAGUUAUUCCUAAAGAGCUAGUGAUUCCUUUCCUGCACUAAUGCAACUCGACUUUACUGCA